AGGUAUAACUGGGGGCGGUGAGCACGUAAGGGUUCAAGUACAAGUACAAGUACGAGUGCAAAGAGCGGACUGCUACCAACCUUAAUAAACAACAAGCUUUUAAACAGAGCUCGAGCCCGGUGCUUUGGAUCCGCGCAAGUUUUGUUUCGCGUUUUAUUUGUCAGCGAAGAGCUGAAUAAUGGCAGACAGAGAUAAAGCGACGGAUCAGAUGAAACUGUGGAAGGAGGGUCGUGGCUCUCAGCGAGCAGAUGUCCUGACCACUGGAGCCGGAGUCCCGGUAGGGGACAAGUUAAAUGUGAUGACGGCAGGUCCGCGUGGACCGCUGCUGGUCCAGGACGUGGUUUUUACUGAUGAAAUGGCCCACUUUGACCGAGAGCGGAUACCAGAGAGAGUCGUGCAUGCAAAAGGAGCAGGAGCGUUUGGCUACUUCGAAGUAACCCAUGACAUCACGCGCUUUUGCAAAGCCAAGGUGUUCGAGCAUGUGGGGAAGACGACGCCCAUCGCCAUUCGCUUCUCCACCGUGGCUGGUGAGUCCGGGUCGGCAGACACCGUCCGAGAUCCUCGGGGUUUUGCAGUGAAGUUCUACACGGAUGAAGGCAAUUGGGAUCUCACAGGAAACAACACCCCUAUCUUCUUCAUCAGGGAUGCGCUUCUGUUUCCGUCCUUCAUCCACUCGCAGAAGCGUAAUCCGCAGACUCAUCUGAAGGACCCGGAUAUGGUUUGGGACUUCUGGGGUCUGCGUCCCGAGUCGUUGCACCAGGUGGCUUUUCUGUUCAGCGAUCGGGGGAUUCCCGAUGGCUACCGUCAUAUGAACGGAUACGGCUCACACACCUUCAAGCUGGUCAAUGCUCAGGGACAGUCGGUGUACUGCAAGUUCCACUACAAGACUGAUCAGGGCAUCAAGAACCUACCGGUUGAAGAGGCCGAUCGUCUGGCAUCCACCGACCCUGAUUACUCCAUCAGAGACCUUUACAAUGCCAUCUCUAACGGCAACUUCCCAUCCUGGACUUUCUACAUCCAAGUCAUGACCUUUGAGCAGGCGGAGAACUGGAAGUGGAAUCCAUUUGAUUUGACUAAGGUGUGGCCCCAUAAAGACUUCCCUCUAAUUCCUGUGGGGCGCCUCGUGUUGAACCGAAACCCCGUUAACUAUUUCGCUGAGGUCGAGCAGCUGGCGUUCGAUCCCAGCAACAUGCCACCCGGCAUCGAGCCCAGCCCUGACAAGAUGCUGCAGGGGCGUCUUUUCUCCUAUCCAGACACGCAUAGGCAUCGACUCGGAGCGAAUUACCUCCAGCUGCCCGUCAACUGUCCUUACCGUACUCGUGUGGCUAACUACCAGAGAGACGGACCCAUGUGCAUGCAUGACAACCAGGGGGGAGCUCCUAACUACUUCCCCAACAGCUUCAGCGCUCCUGAUUGCCAGCCGUGCUUCUUGGAGUCCAAGUCUAAAGCGUCUCCGGAUGUGGCCCGAUACAACAGCGCAGACGAUGACAACGUGACCCAGGUGCGUACGUUCUUUACUGAGGUGUUGAACGAAGCCGAGAGAGAGCGGCUGUGUCAGAACAUGGCUGGCCACAUGAAAGGAGCUCAGCUGUUCAUUCAGAAACGCGCGGUGCAAAACCUGAUGGCAGUUCACCCUGAUUAUGGCACCCGGGUCCAAACUCUCCUGGAUAAAUACAACGCGGAAGGGAAAAAGAACACUAUUCAUGUUUAUACCCAAGGUGGAGCGUCUGCUGUGGCUGCAGCUUCUAAGAUGUGAUGUGCCAUAAACGCAUUGAUUCUUUAUUGAGUGAGAUAUAGAGUCAUGACGCUUAAUUCAUUCCUUGUGUGCUGUCUGAUCAUAUCUAAUUUGGCCAAGUGGUAUUGGCAAAUGCAGCUCAGAUUCCUUAAUCAUGAUUAAUGGAUGCCUUUUAAUGCGUACUCAAGUUUGAGCUCAUCCAAACGAAAUCAGUCCAUCUCGGUACAUUUCUGCAUUUUGAUUGUGUGUGUGAAAUGUAGAAUAGCCAAAAAUAAUCUGAGAAUGAACACAAAUGUUUAAUAUUAACACAGUGUGAGCCUUAUGAUUUUUAUUUUAUUUUUUUUCUUUAUAUCUUGACUACUGAUGCAGGUAAAUAAGAGAAAUUAACUCUUUCCGUCCCUUUUGCCUUAACUGAAUGUAAUUCAGUUCUGAUAAUACGAAUGUAACAACGUUUGUCAUUUUGUAUCUAAUAAAUAUAAAUAUUUCA